UCGGUGGAAGUUUAUUGUACCAUAUACAUAAACCUCUCCUCUCCACCCUUAUCCUCUCAUGGCUUCAUCUCUCAUCGGAGUUUCCUCCGUCUACCAGACCAACCCAGCCGCCGACCACCCCAAACCCUCCAAUUCCGCCGCCCCCUUAUCCUUCCAUUUCUCCACAGCCCAUAACCCCUUCAGAUAUUUCUCCUCCUCCUCCGCCGCCCGCCUCAAGUCGGCCUCCAAGUCUCUCGUUACUUCGGCCGUCUUCGCCCCCAACUCUUCCGUUCUGAGCGAGGAGGCGUUCAAGGGGCUCGGGGGUUUCAGAAAGGGCCAAUUGGAUGUUAGCGGCGCUGAAUACGACGACGGCGUAGGGUCUGCUGAAGGUGGAUUCGGUGGAAUUGCGGCUGCUAAUGUUGACGAACUCGAUGUUUCUAAAUUAGGGUUGCCUCAGCGCCUUGUCGACACGCUCGCCAAACGUGGAAUUACUCAGCUUUUCCCUAUUCAAAGAUCCGUAUUAGUGCCUGCAUUGGAAGGUCGUGACAUAAUCGCUCGUGCAAAGACCGGGACAGGAAAAACAUUAGCAUUUGGUAUUCCCAUACUCAAAGGACUUGAUGCUGAAAACGAAAGAGGUUCUUUAAGACGGGGCCGUUUUCCGAAAGUAUUGGUCCUCGCACCCACGAGGGAACUAGCUAAGCAAGUGGAGAAAGAAUUUACCGAGUCCGCCCCAUAUUUGAGCACUGUCUGCAUAUAUGGAGGGGUUUCGUAUGUCACACAGCAAAGCGCACUUACACGUGGAGUUGAUGUUGUGGUCGGAACUCCCGGUAGAAUUAUCGACCUGAUCAAUAACAAUAACUUACAAUUGGGGGAAGUUCAAUAUUUGGUCCUCGAUGAAGCUGAUCAAAUGCUGGCAGUUGGAUUUGAGGAGGAUGUUGAAACCAUUAUGGAGAAGCUUCCCCCAGUGAGGCAGAGCAUGCUUUUUUCGGCAACCAUGCCUAGUUGGGUUAAGAAAUUAGCUCGAAGAUUUAUGAAUAAUCCUCUGACUAUUGAUCUCGUUGGUGAUCAAGACGAGAAAUUGGCAGAAGGGAUUAAGCUAUAUGCUAUUCCAACUACAACAACAUCUAAGCGGAGUAUCCUCGGUGAUCUUGUGACGGUUUAUGCAAAAGGUGGGAAAGCCAUUGUUUUCACGCAGACCAAACGAGAUGCUGAUGAAGUGUCUCUAGCAUUGACAAACAGCAUCCCUUCAGAGGCACUGCAUGGCGACAUCUCUCAACACCAAAGGGAAAGAACAUUGAAUGCUUUUAGACAAGGAAGAUUUACGGUGCUUGUUGCCACUGAUGUUGCAGCUCGUGGUCUUGAUAUUCCAAAUGUCGACCUUAUUAUCCAUUACGAACUUCCGAACGACCCAGAAACAUUCGUGCACCGUUCUGGCAGAACAGGACGCGCAGGAAAAGAAGGCAGAGCUGUUUUGAUGUUUACCAGUAGCCAGAGGCGAACUGUCAAGUCUCUCGAGCGUGACGUCGGGUGCAGGUUCGAGUUUAUUAGUCCACCAUCUGUUCAAGAGGUUCUAGAAGCAUCAGCCGACCAAGUAGUUGCCACACUCGGUGGGGUCCACCCCGAAUCUAUUCAGUACUUCACUCCAACUGCACAAAGACUCAUGGACGAAAGAGGAGUAGAUGCUCUUGCUGCUGCCAUAGCUACCUUGAGUGGUUUCUCACAGCCUCCUUCCUCUCGUUCUCUUAUUACUCAUGAACAGGGUCUAGUUACCUUGCAGUUGACACGUGAUAGUGUUUAUUCUCGAGGAGCUCUAUCUGCUAGAUCUGUGACCGGGCUUCUAUCCGAUGUUUAUUCUGCUGCUGCCGGUGAAGUAGGCAGAAUACACAUUAUUGCAGAUGAACAGGUUCAGGGAGCAGUUUUCGAUCUUCCAGAAGAGAUUGCAAAAGAGUUGCUAAAUAAGGAACUACCACCAGGAAAUACUAUUGCCAAGAUCUCUAAGUUACCUACUUUGCAAGACGAUGGGCCUGCAAGCGACUAUUAUGGCAGGUUUUCCAACAAUGAGAGGCGCCCGCAAAGAGGUUCGACCGAUCGAAGAAGUAGUUUUAAAUCUUCCGGUGACUGGUUGGAUGGCAAUGAUGACGACGAAGGCGGCUACAAAAGAGGCGGCGGCGGUGGUGGCCGGGGCAGAGGUGGUGAAAAUAGGUGGUCGAAGAACUCGAGAAGCAGUGGGAGUAGUGAUUGGCUGAUUAGUGAUAGAAAAACGAGUAGGUCACCAUCUUAUGGGGGCGGCAGAUCACCGUCUUAUGGGGGUGGCAGAUCAUCUUCUUAUGGUGGCGGUGGUCGGUCAUCGUCCUUUGGUGACAGGGACAGAUCACCGUCUUAUGGGGGUGGUAGAUCAUCAUCUUUUGGGGACAAGGACAGAAGCUUUGGAGGAGCAUGUUUUGUGUGUGGGCGCAGUGGGCACCGUGCAUCCGAAUGCCCGAACAAGAAGGAGUAUUAGUUCUCAUAUAAACAUAUUUCCAGUUUGCAGUGUAGUGUUCAAAAGACACGAUAUAUCGGGUGAAAAUGUGCAAAGAUUCUUGGGGCAUCUAUCUACAUACUAUACCUCGUUCAUUUGCGCUACGCUUACCUUUUGGCCAGGCGGGCUUAUUAUAUAUCUCAUGUCUUUUAUGCCAAUAGAAGCCAAUUCAUUUUGGAGGUGGUUAAUGAUUUUGGCUCAAGUACUGGAAAAUUAUUUUGUGUGUUCCUUAGAGAGGAAGUGCUCUGCAUAUAGAGUAGUAGUAUAUGUUUUAUUUUUUUAACCACACUGAUGUUUGUUUGCAGUCUCAAGAUUUUUAGUAUAUCUUUUUCAAUUCAGUGCAUGUUUACUUU